AUGCUUGAAUUAGCAGCAAGACGAGAUCAAGAAGAGAAUGAGCGACUCGCGAUUGAGCGCGGGAAGCUUGUAAACACGGCCACACACAAUCGAAAAGAGUUUGAACAACUCGCAUCAAAUAACAGGCAAUUGGCAGAGGAAAACAAGAAGCUGCAGAACGGAGACCUUCUGUGCGACCGAGCGUGGCGCAUGAUCGAGAGGAGAGACGAGAAUAUCCAGGACUUGCAGGAGGAAGCUGCAGCAAGGAAAAAGACGAUCAAGGACAUGGGAAAGGUGGCAAAAGCGAAGGAGAAAGGGAUAUCGGACUAUGAGGCGGACACCUUGAGGCUGAAACAGACAAUAGCGAGCGUGCAGCAGAUGCGGGAUGAGAUGGUGGCUCAAAGGGACAACACGAUUACUGAUCUGGAGCAGGAUAUCGCAACGAAAGACGAGACUGUGACAGCGUUGAGCCAAGCGGUAUCUAAGCUAGAGGAUACCGCCGCAGCAAACAAGAAUAGUAUUUCCGAUCUAGGGCAAGAGGUUAUUGCGCGCGAGCAGGAAUACACGGACUUGCAAGCAUCAUCGGGAAAGAUGGUGGCUCAAGCGGAGGUUACGAUUACCCAGCUAAAGGAGGAUGCGGCUCAGAUGGUCACUACGAUCACCAAUCUGAAGCAGGAAGCCACAGCAAAAGAAACGAAUGUUGCUAAACUUAUUCAAAAGCAUAGCAGAAUUCGCAGGUCGCUCAGGCGCUCAUUGAAGGAGGUAGCACCGGACGAGACCGAUAGCGACACGGAAGACACCCAAGUCGCACAGAGCCGUAGGGAGGAUAGGAUCGCUAAACUUGAGACGGAAGAGGAAGCACGGAACAAAAAGAUGACAGAGACGGUGGAAGAGCAGUAUGGGAAGUUGAAAGAAAAUCUCAACAACGGUGGGGUGUCAAACCUGAAGGCAGGGCGAGGCUAG